AUGGCUCUUCCAUACAUCGCUGUACAUAUCCAAUACCAACGUAUACCGACUAUCUCAUAUCACCGUCUACAACCUGGUUCCCUUGCAGAGUUGCCCAAAACCCUUCUGGAUGUCACGCGCGUGACCGAUGCCAACAAGCAGGAGUACUCCAAAUCCAAUGUGGCCUCUAUUCGGUUCCAUCCCAACGCGUCCGUCGCCAUCGUGGGUGGACUAGAUAAGACACUCCGGCUGUUUAGCAUCGACGGCAAGGCGAAUGCAAAAAUCCAGAGCAUUUUCAUAAGGGAUAUGCCUAUUCUGAGUUGUGAAUUCAGCACGGAUGGGUCUCAAAUAUUCAUUUCUGGUCGGCGCCCCUUCUUCUACUCGUAUAACAUACUCAACGGCGAGGUCGAUAAGGUGCAUCGCCUGCACGGACGCACAGAGAAGUCUCUGGAGUCCAUGUCCCUAUCGCCAUGUGGGAAACUGUUGGUAUUCCUCGGGAACGCAGGGUCUAUUCUGCUGGUUGAUACAAAAACAAAGCGCCUGGUACACACAUUGAAGAUGAACGGCACGUCUAGAGCAGUGACCUUCAGCCCCGACGGUUCAACUAUGUACUCCUUCGGGAGUGCGGGGGAUAUAUAUGUCUGGGAUAUGAAGACGCUCCGGUGUACGCACAAGUUCCACGACGACGGUUGUAUAUCUGGUGUGCAGGUGACCGUAUCGCCGGAUGGACGGUAUUUGGCCACAGGGUGCCAGUCCGGUGUGAUCAACUUGUAUGACGUGCCAUCGCUCACAACCACCACCAAACCCAAACCCCUCAAAACCAUCAUGAACAUCACCACGCGGGCCGACACCCUGGUCUUCAACCACGACUCACAGAUCCUAGCGGUGUCUACAAAGCACACUAAGGAUACACUCAAGCUUAUACACGUGGCCAGUAUGACGGUGUUCAGCAAUUGGCCCACAGCGGCAACACCGCUGAGAUAUGUGCAGUCGGUGGCAUUCUCACCGAACUCGGGAUAUAUGGCCAUUGGUAAUGACCGAGGGCAUGUGCUGCUGUACAGGUUAAAUCACUAUCACAGUGCUUAAAUUCACGUGUAUAUCGAGUAUGUAAUAAAGUAAACGGAACCUGCCAA